AUGGACGCUCCUUUGUAUGAAGCAGCUGAAAGAGGCGACAUUGAAGGAUUCCACAACCGUGCGAGGUUUGAGCUCGAGCCGCUUCGGAUCAAUACUAAAGGUCAAACUCUAUUGCACGUUGCAGCAAGGCAUGGACAUUCCACUGUCGUGAAAUUUCUCAUCGAGUAUCAGGCAGGGACUGUCCGGUGCGACCCAGAACAGCAGGAAACUGGAGAGGAUGCAGUGAGGACGAUGCUUAGAAGGACAGAUCAUGAAUCUAAUACGGCUUUACAUAUAGCAGUUCAGUAUGGUCAUCGAGGAGUGGUGCAAGAAUUGCUGGAGCCUGAACAUCCUGAUUUCCCAUAUUCGGUCAAUGGAAAGCAAGAGAGUCCACUUUACAUUGCGUCCAGGAGAGGAGAUGGUCCACUGCUGGAUAUGAUGUUACAAAAACUGAAAUCCGUCGCUCAUGGCGGUCCUCACGGUAGAACAGCCUUGCACGCAGCGGCUAUGGCCGGAGAUGCAGAGGCAGCAAGAGUGAUAUUAGAGAGGAGAGGUAACUUGACAAAGGAAAGAGAUGAAGAUGGUCACACUCCUCUCCAUUAUGCAGCACAUUUGGGUCACUCUUGUGUAGUGGAAGAGCUGUUAGAAUGGGACAAAUCUGCUGCCUAUGUGACUGAUAAAAAAUGGGAGAUGACACCUCUCCUCAUGGCAGCUAGGCAAGGGCAUGGGCAAAUAGUAACCAAGAUUCUCUCUGUUUGUCCGGAUUGUUGUGAAAAAGUAGACAAAAUAGGUUGGAAUUUACUGCAUUUUGUGGCGCUUAGAAAUUCUCCUUUUUACUUGAGUCGUUCCAUUUUCAAAUACGGCAUUGUUGCCGGUCAAUCCCGAUCAGUCAGAAAUUUGGUGGGUGCGAAAGAUGUCCAUGGAAUCACACCUCAACAAGUUUACGAUGCAUCUCCUUUCAAUGUCUUUGCUGUGUGGAAGGUCUAUAACAAUACGCCUAGCAAGAAUAUGGAAGAAAUCGGGAGAUUGUCGGAAGAUAUUGGAAAAGAAGUAGUGGCAGAGAGACCGGUUCGUCCAAUUGUCCUGCGAAAUGUGUCUGCAGACAGGCUUGAGAAGGCAAGAGAUGCUCAUUUAGUGGUGGCGGCACUUAUAGCCACCGUCACAUUUGCAGCUGCAAUAACUGUCCCGGGUGGUUACAACAGUGACGAAGGUGAAGACCAGGGCACUCCUUUACUGAUUCGUGAUUCCGCCUUUCAAGCAUUUGUUGUAUCAAACGCAUUGGCCUUUGUUUUCUCUCUUUGUGCCGUCGCCACACACUUCGACACGCUACCUCCUGUUUCCUCGAGUACGCGUGAUCCGCCGUCACUUGUGGUGGCCGCAAGGAACCUUUAUUAUGCAAUGGUGGCGACCACGGUGGCUUUCAGCACCGGCACUUAUGUGGUGUUGAAACCAUUCCCUUGGCUUGCUAUUACUUCAUGUAUCAUCGGCGUUAGCUUUCUUUUCCCUAGAGCUUUGUACGCUUUAUUUGAUUAA